GGUUUGAUUUUUCACAUAUUCUUUACUGGCGGAAAAUGAGCAAAACAAGCGACAAUGGUAAUUUCUUCAACGGGGAAAAGGACAAACUUUUCCCGGCAGAACUGCAAAAUCGCAAGGAGUCGCUUUGGUAGGCUCUGAGGGGACGAUGCAGGGUUUGGCUGCUCGCAUUGCUCGUCGCUCACGCGCCUCGCCUCUCGCUGGAGGGAUAUUGUCUCGCGGUUCUUGCACCAAACUGUUCGUCGGAGCUGCAGGACUUUCUUAUGAUACUAAUGAACCUGUUCUCAAGGAUGCUUUUAACCAGUUUGGUGAUAUAGUAGAAGUUAAGGUGAUAUGUGAUCACGUGAGUGGAAAAUCCAAAGGGUAUGGGUUUGUGCAGUUUGAACGUGAAGCUGCGGCCAGCACAGCUCUGAAGGAAAUGGAUGGUAAGUCAUUAGACGGUAGGGACAUCCGUGUACAGUAUGCGCAGAAGAGAAAUGGCGGACUAUCAUGAUCUUGGUAUUGAUAUAGUCCCCAUCCUGGUUCAGUAUAUCAUUUCGACUUCAAGGGAGUGCUUCAUAGAUGCAAGGACACAUGAAUGCGGGAGCUUCUUAUGGGGGAAGAAGCGCAGCAAUCUCGACUCUUGAGUAUCAAUUCAAGCACUACAUUCAGGAAGGCUCAAUGAAGUAUCGUUUCUAAGUCUCUAAAUUUGAAGAAUGCAGCUACUGUGCGUAUUCACCAUCCCUGGUAGCAAACGAGAAGGAAAAAUUGCACUCCGAUACGAGACAUUAUACUUUUGGAACAAUGUCUGUGAACAAGAGCAAUGUCAUCUUGUUAUUUUGGAGGGUUGUGAGGAUUUCUGUGUUUUGCAUGAGAGCCACUCUUAACGUUUACCAAUAACUGAACUACCUUUCUACUUAUCAGUCGAGUUUCGAGGAAGAACAUUGAAGAUCUUCUCUUUGAA